AUGGGUAUACCUAUGCAAAUAUACCAGGACGGGGAGAGGGUCUCAUUUUCCGGCAGGGGAGAUCAGAACGUAUUUGAUGAACGGGCGGGCAAGUACUGCUACCACACGGUGAAUAAUGAUUAUCCGCAGCUUCCAAAUAUGAUAAAGGAGCAUAUUUAUCAACUUACCUUGAACGGAGUCGGAGAGGAUGGCGAGGAUGUAGAAAACUCAUCUGAAGAUGACGAUGAAUAUGACGAAGAAAAAGAAGUUGAAGAUAAUUUUCGAAGUAACUGUGGGCUGGAAUUUGUACGGAUUAAUAACUAUUUUUCUACCCACGAUUUACAAAAUUUUGAAAGUUUUAGAAAUUUUAAUAGAAAGUACUGGAUUUUUUAUUCCAAUCAAGCAGAAGACAAGAAAUUACUGCUGUAUGAUUUUAACGGUCAGCAUAUGAUCUUUGUUAAGCAGCAAUUUCACGGGCAGUUGAACUUACUGCUAUCAACUGCAGUAAUAUGUAUGGACUGCAACUUUGAUUAUAAUUCAAACGCCGUUCAAAUUUUAGUUGGUUUCCAGAAUGGAAAGUUAUUAAAGCUAAGCUGCGAUUUGAACGGGAACGUUAACAAUCACUUGCUUUUGAAGGAUCCUUCAAUUUCGUCCCAUCAAAAUGAAAGGUAUCUGUCUAUUUUAAAUGUCUGGGCAGGUCUAUUGCCUCAUUUUGUUGUUUCCUUUAGUUUGAAAGAUGGACUGCUGAUAACUUCUUUGGAUCACCAACAAACUAACGGAAGUUUUCAAAGUUUUCAAACGAACCUUGAUUUGCCUAGAGAUCUACACACGACUACAAACGUCAAGUCCGUCUUAAACUUCCCUCAGUUUACUUUGUACAGGGGAAAUGACAUGAUGUUUCACUGCAAGAACUUCCUAGAACCUGAUGCUUCCUCGUUGAAUAAGGAAAUACGGCUCAUGCUUAAAAUGGACGAAGACGUUCAAAAAAUUGAUUAUCUUUUGAAAACGAACCAUAUUUUACUUGAAACAAAUGUAAGAUACCUGUCAAUUCCGACACAAAACCCCGUAGAAAAUUCAAGUGCUACUACACCCGCGUCAAACAAUAACGAAGUUUAUCCAAUUUUUUACAAGACACAAGAACUUCACGUUCAUGCUUCAAGAACAGGACGCCAAAUAGCAAACAAUGGAAAGUAUAUUUUUAUAACCGAGCAGCAUCUCUACGGAACAGCAUUAUCGGUAUACAAAUACUCUACAUCUCUUAAACGGUGGUUAUUUGUCGGCUAUUCGGACAUCAGGGCUAAGUAUGGUAUAAUGAGUGUGAAAGAUCUCUUUGUUGGUAACUGCCCCUCUGUAAAUAGCCCAGUAGUGACAAUCCUUACUGAUGACAAUAAUAUCCAAACAAUUCUUCUUAAAUAA